AUGAACAGUUUAUUACUGUUGGUCAUUGUUUCUUGUUCAGCGAGCGAUUUUUUAAAGAUUGAUGAUAAACCUCUAAAGGAUGAUGACUCAUUCUGUGGAAAAGCUGACUGUCCUCUGUAUGGUUCUUGUCUUGACUGCAUAUUUCCAGAAUGUGAGUAUGGUGCUUCGAUAACAUUAAAUUGCACUACGAAGAGGCAGUGUGCUGGUCAGUAUACUGUGCGGAAAGAAGCAAAGUGUCGAUAUUGUUGGCAAACAGAAAAUACGGAACACCAUUGUUUGCCGGUACGGAACUGUUCAACAGCAGCUGUUCGUCUAUUCCGUACAACGUGUCGUGUACAUCAGUGGGUCAUAUGCAAAGGUCGACGUGUUUUUUACAAAAACGUUAGAUGCAACUGGUCCUCAGGAUAUAGCUGGUGGAAAGCGAUGUUUCUCUCUAUAACUUUGGGAGGCUUUGGCGCUGAUCGUUUUUAUUUAGGAAUGUGGAAAAGCGCGAUAGGGAAAUUGUUUAGUUUUGGGGGUUUGGGAAUUUGGACUCUUAUUGAUGUAAUUUUAAUUGGUGUAGGCUACAUUGGACCAGCCGAUGGUUCGUUGUACAUUUAG